AUGAAAGGUUACUUUGCAACAAGAAAUGGAUUAAUAGUAUUGACUUGUGCAAUAAUUUUAUCUCUCUUAGUAUUAUUAAUAACAAAUUGGAGUUUUUAUGAUAUUUAUGUGGCUGAUUUCAAUCAUUUGGACCGAUUAUCAGUGGUUCAAGUAACUCGAAUUUUCCCUCAAGGAGGUGAUGAUGUAAAAUUUGAUCAACCUUGGGCUUUGCCAAAUAUAAAAAUAAUAGAAAGCAUAGAAGAUAUCAAUGAAAGUGAGCGCUAUGUAAUAAGUAACUUUUCAUGGAGUCCAGGAUUGGGUAACUUAAUGUUUCAAUAUGCAUCUUUACGAGCAAUAGCUGAGCGAUAUAAUGCGAAGUUAAUUAUCCCUGUGAAAUGUACAUUACGACGAGGGUUUAAAUUGGAUGCUAUUAUAGUAAACAAUGAGCUAAAUGAUGAGCUAAUUCGACAGUACAGCUCAAGUAAACGUCAUUUUGCUGUUAAAGUUGAUGAGUUAUUCGUUGAUCAAAGCUUCGAAUAUAUUUCGGGAUAUCUUCAAUCAUAUCGUUAUUUUCAUCCACAACAGGAACAUUUGAUUCACAAACAAUUCACCUUCUUACCAGAAAUUGUCAAACUAGCGGAUGAUUAUUUGCAAGAAGCCAAGUAUGAAAAACUUCAUGCAAGAGUUACUGAUAUAAUACCUGCAGAUAUCAAUCUUAGAAAUUAUCCUGAUCAUGUGGAUAUCAAUAAAGACUUUUAUGGUCACGUAUACGUUGGAAUACAUAUACGACGUGGAAUGGACAUUACAAUGAAUAGUCGAAAUAUAAAAUAUGGCCAUACGACCAUCACAAAAGAUUAUAUCAUUAACGCAAUGAAUUAUUUCAGGUCGAGAUUCGAGAAAUUAAUAUUUGUAAUAAGCAGUGAUAAUGAGCAUUGGGUUAAAACAAAUAUCAAUCAUACUCGUAAAGGUGAAAUUUACAUCGUAUCAUCGGGUUAUCGGGAAGUUGAUAUGGCAACGCUUGUCCGUUGUAAUCAUACAAUAAUGAGUACUGGUACUUUUUCCUGGUGGAUUGCUUACCUGACAAAUGGUACCACAGUAUAUUACAAUAAUUGGCCAAAACCUAAUUCAGUAUUGGAGAAAAUGAUAAAAAAAGAUGAAUAUUUCCUGAAUAAUUGGAUACCAAUAUCAUAA